AUGAGUGAACAGGAGAUUAGUGGCGUAAUGGAGAUUGUGGCAGCUGUGCUUCAUAUGGGCAACGUAGACUUUGAACAAGUGCCCCACAAGCGUGAAGACAAUGUCUUUGUUGACGAAGCACGGGUCAAAACCUCGAGGACUGGAUUGUGCGACCACUUUACGAAGGUUGCAGAGUUGCUGGGAGUAUCCACAGAUGCCUUGGACCAUGCGCUUACCAAGCGCUCGUUGCACGCUUCCAAUGAAGUUUUGGUCGUUGGAGUGGACGUUACUCAGGCACGAAAUACUUGUAAUGCAUUAACCAUGGAGUGUUACAGGCUUUUGUUUGAGUGGCUUGUGGCUCGAAUUAAUAUUAAAUUACAACGACACGGUAGUGUAGAAUGGGAUGCCGAUGCGGACGAAACGGACGACGAGGAGGAGGCGACGGAUUUUAUCGGUCUACUUGACAUUUUCGGCUUUGAAAAUAUGGCAGAAAACUCGUUUGAGCAGCUGUGCAUCAACUAUGCUAACGAAGCCUUGCAACACCAAUUCAACCAGUAUGUUUUUGAAGAGGAACAGCGACUAUACCGUGCGGAAGCGAUCCGCUGGAACUUUGUCGACUUUCCCGACAAUAGCGCAUGUCUCGAACUAUUUGAGCAACGGCCGAUUGGUAUAUUCUCAUUGACAGAUCAGGAGUGUGUAUUUCCUCAAGGCACAGAUCGUGCUCUUGUAGCUAAGUUCUAUUUAGAAUUUGAGACGAAGAAAAUUCACCCACGAUUCCGCUCAGCUCCAAAGUUUCACCGGACGACGCAAUUCAUUGUGGCACAUUACGCCGGAUCUGUGAUAUAUAGUAUCGAAGGGUUUCUUGCAAAAAACAAGGAUUCUUUUUGCGAGAGUGCAGCUCAGUUGCUGGCAGGAUCGAUGAAUCCUUUUGUUCAAGCUCUUGCUGCGAGAUCAUCAAACGGGGAUGGUUUUAAUGGGGAGAGUGAGCUUGAUGGUGGCCGAAAUCGUCGACGUGCAAAGUCAGCCAUCGCAGCUAUAAGCGUGGGUACACAAUUUAAGAUUCAGCUGAAUGAGCUACUAAACACUGUCCGUGCCACGACCCCUCGAUAUGUGCGCUGCAUUAAGCCUAACGACUUACAUGUUGGCUCGCUGUUUCAAAGCACUCGUGUUGUUGAACAGCUACGCAGUGGUGGAGUGCUUGAAGCUGUGAGAGUGGCGCGUGCUGGGUUUCCAGUUCGACUUUCGCACAAACAGUUUCUCGAGCGCUAUCGUCGGAUACUGCUUUGGCUUUACGAGCUUAAGAACAAUGGUAUUGAUAAGAAAAAACACAGGAAUUGGAGCGAGCUUGACUUGUGCCUACACCAACUUAUCAGAUUUCUUCUUACGGACAGCAAGUCGGAAACAGGUGAGGAUGGGGCUGAGGGAGAUCAAGAAAAUGAGCAAAAUCGCUGUGGCGUCAGUCUUGGGAAAACGCGCGUCUUCUUUCGCCGAACACCAUACGAAAAGCUGGAAAACUUGCGCAUUUCAGUACGCCAGGAGUCGAGUCUGGUCAUACAGCGACAACUUAAAGGAUUUGUAGCCCGCUGCAACUAUAGACGUCUGCGCCAGUUCACGAUUGUCGUCCAAACGUGGGUACGGGGGCGUCGUGCUUAUCGAUACGUGAACUGGAUGCGUGCCAUGCGGCAAGCUCAAGUCCUUCAAGCAAGAAUGCGUCAGCUCUGUGCUCGUAGUAAAUUCCUCCGCGCUCGUGCUGGAGUACUUGCGGUGCAGUGUCGUUUCCGAUGUCGUCUUGCAUCACGUGUUCUUCAGGCACUUCGAGAAUGUCGCGCAGUGACACAAAUUGCUACAGCAUGGCGUCGAUUUUCUGCUGAACAUAAGUACAGUAAGCUCUGCAGCGCAACGCUGGCGCUUCAGUGCGCUGUACGUGCGCACACAGCGAGGAAGACGCUUAAGCUGCUGCGUAACGAAAGCAGAGAUUUGGCGAAGCUCAAGGAAGACAACGCUCAGCUCAAGGAUGAGCUAGCUGAACUACGCCGACAAAUGCAAGUCUUGGUGGCACAUAGUUCAAGUAAGGAACGGCAACAGGCAUCAUACUCUAAUUUCAAGUUUUUUGAAAAAUCCCCACAAAAUGCCCCUUUUCCUUCGAACGAGACUCCUGCUGAAUUCGACAACAACAAAUGUAUAACCCAGCUAAAGCUUGAGCUUUCGGACGAUCUUGUUACAGUUGACACUGGUGGAAAUCCUAACGCAGCCAAUGGGAGUGAUUUCGGCUGUGUGGUUGACUUACCCUACAGCCACCAUAAAUUGGAGCAGCAGACACCCACUUUACGCCGAGGUCGCCGCUACAGUUUGCCACCUGCUCUUGCACCAGCAAAUGAGGACGCAGAGGUUGAACAUGCAACGCCUCCUGCUCCGCCUCGUGCAUUCCGACCCCAUGACCGGCGCUACAGCUUAGAGUUGUGGUGGCGUCAGGAGGCGGAGGCUCAGAAAGAGGCGACACAAUUGCGUGAAGUAAUUCGAGAGGCGGCUGCUGAUGUAUUCUCACCGGAACGUCAGCAGCAACAAGAGCUUGCGCUUCAACAGCUGGUGGCUUCUCAGAUAAAGCGCAAAACUAUGCAACUGCAGUUACAGCUGCCUGCGUUUGAGCUUGGGGCUAACAACAAAGAUAUCGACUCUGGUCCAGCUUCGAGCAUUUGCAGCCGGCGCCGAUCACGUACAGCCGAUUUCCUUCAGGGUCCCGCGCCUUUGACUUCGUGUGGACGCCAAAGUCGUUCGCGUUGGAACUUUGCAGCACCCCACAGCAUGACGCACGGUGGUAAUUGUCGUAUGCCGGCAUACUUUGAUAAUCCAAGUUACGCUGGCUCAUCAUACGGUGACGAUCAUUCUGUGGAUGGUGGAGAUGAAAUAUACAGUAGAUCCCAUCAAGUGCCAAGACGCUCAGCAUCUGUUGGUGUGUGCCGUGUCCGGUCUUCGUCCAAUGCUUCGUCGUUUAAUAUGCCACCAAGCUCAAAUAUUCGUCCUGGUGUUGUUAUUCCUCGAUUUGCUAAGUCGCCGACGUGUUACGAGUGUGACUGCAAAUUUAGCUUUCUAUUGCGACGCCACCACUGUCGACAAUGCGGAAACUCGUUCUGCUUUGAGCAUUCGACACGUCAGCUCGCGCUGCCUCAUUUGGGAUACAUGACGGCCCAGCGCGUGUGUGAUUCCUGUUUUGAAGCUCACAUUCAUAUUAUGACGUCGCUUAAAUUGCCGUCAUUGAUGCGUAAUGCAACCGAUGAGCUGUCGACUUCUUCAUUCGCGAGCUCGCCGCGAGGCCUUGACAGCUACUGCGGGUUCGAUAGUCCAACCACUACAGCUGCUCGGGUAGCACCGCUGCGAACAUAA